GGCGGACGGGGAGGUGAGACAGAGGUUCUCCUCCUCCUCCGGUGCAGGAAGCUGUCGCUGGGACAGAGGAGGUACAAACCAACGUCGAUAUCAGCAGACAGCGGGAAACUGUCCACCAUAAUGUAGACUUCGUUCACCCAAGCGGUGUUACAGCGAGGACAAGGGAGCAAAUGUGAGCUGAGGAGGGAGAUGAAGGAGCUGAAAGGCUGCGGUAUGCGCUCCUCGGUGGGCUUUCUGUCCCGCAGGGAGCUCACAGGACAGCCGCUCCUCAAGGAGGAGUUCCAGAGACGCAGGCUGGCAGGAUGCACCAGCCUUUACAAGAAAGACAUGCUCGGACAUUUCGGCUGCGUCAACGCCAUCGAGUUCUCCAACAACGGUGGAGAGUGGCUCGUUUCUGGAGGAGAUGAUCGCCGGGUACUUCUGUGGCACAUGGAAAAAGCCAUUCAUGCUCGGUCCAAGCCUGUCAAACUGAAAGGGGAGCACCUCUCCAACAUCUUCUGCCUGGCCUUUGACAGUACCAACAAAAAGGUUUUCUCUGGUGGAAAUGAUGAACAAGUGAUUCUUCAUGAUGUGGAGAGACGGGAAACUCUCAACGUGUUCCUGCAUAUCGAUGCUGUGUACAGUCUGUCAGUCAGCCCGGUCAAUGACAAUGUGUUUGCCAGCUCAUCUGAUGACGGGCGGGUUCUUAUCUGGGACACACGUGAGCCCCCCCAUGGUGAGCCAUUCUGCUUGGCCAGCUACCCCUCAGCCUUCCACAGUGUGAUGUUCAACCCUGUCGAACCCAGGUUGCUGGCUACUGCCAACUCCAAGGAAGGAGUUGGAUUAUGGGAUAUUCGCAAACCGCGCAGCUCGCUCCUACGAUAUGGAGGCAGCAUGUCCCUGCAGAGCGCCAUGAGUGUUCGUUUUAACAGCACAGGCACACAACUGCUAGCUCUGCGACGCCGUCUACCACCUGUCCUCUAUGAACUCCACUCUCGCCUGCCUAGUUUCCAGUUUGACAACCAGGGCUACUUCAACUCCUGCACCAUGAAAAGUUGCUGCUUUGCUGGAGACAAAGAUCAGUAUAUCCUGUCCGGGUCGGAUGACUUCAACCUCUACAUGUGGAAAAUCCCAAAGGAUCCAGAAGCAGGAGGCCCCGGUCGUGUGGUGAAUGGUGCUUUCAUGGUCCUGAAAGGUCACCGCUCCAUAGUGAACCAGGUUCGCUUCAACCCUCACAGCUACAUGAUCUGCUCCUCCGGAGUGGAAAAGGUCAUCAAGGUGUGGAGCCCUUACCAGCAGCCUGAUAGUCUGGGUGACCUGGAGGGCCUUGUGGAGGACAAGUCACGUAGCCUCUACACACACGAGGAGUACAUCAGCCUAGUGCUCAACAGCGGCAGCGGCUUAUCACAUGACUAUGUCAGCCAGUCCAUCCAGGAGGACCCGCGAAUGAUGGCUUUCUUUGACUCGCUGGUGCGGCGAGAAAUUGAGGGCUGGAGUUCAGACUCUGACAGUGAUCUCAGUGAGGAGGCCAUCAUGCAGCUCCACGCCCGAGGACGUCGUACCACGCGGGUCACCCCACCUGCCCCCACCUCAGCCUCGGCUGCAGGGAACCACAGUGACGCUGACAACUCCUCAUCUUCUUCCCUGGCUGGACCUGAAGCCUCGGGAGGAGAAGAGCAAGCCGGAGCGGAGGGAGGAGGUCAACCAAGAAGAAGAGGAAGGCAUCAGUUUGGCUUCUUGGUGAACGAGGACUCUGACUCAAGCGAAUUUUGGCUCGACCCCAUGCCCCGACCUCGUUCUCCGAGCCCCAGGGACAACGCCACGCUAUCCAGCCCCUCCUCCUCCCCUUCACUUCCUGCUGUAGCGUCUAGCUCCUCCACAUCCACCUCUCCUUCCAGCAGCGACGAUGAGGAGCGUCGCAGUGCAGUGAGGCGGCGGAACGUGAUGAGGCGGCGACGCAUGCACGUGGUCUCCCGAGCCGGGGACCGGCCUGAGUCCUUACAGACUUUGUUUUCAGCAAUUGACUCCUGCACUUACCCAUCAAUCUCCAUUGAUGACCUGUCUUCUUCCACGUCAGACGAAGACCAAAAUGGUCCCAAAAUCAAGCCCGAUCCCAGCCUCCCUGAAAACGAGGAGAAAUGUCUGAGCCCUUCAGACUUUGUGUGUCCCAGCCCUGUCAUGUCUUCUGAGAGCCAAGACAAUGAGGAGGACAGUGAGAGAGUGGAGCUAGAAACACAUCCAGCUGUGUCUCCCCUUCCUGCAGAUACAGCCAGGACAGAGUCCCAGAGCAGAGGAAAGGCUGACCCGGAGCCUGCUGUGGACGGAUCAGACAGCGCAGACGAGUGCAGCACCUCCCUGGCUGUGGACACCAGCUCCCCAAACCACCGUAGCCCUGGAGUGAACGGGCAGCACAGGACUGUGGCACCAGUCGGAGGUUACGUGUGUGGUAGCGCCUGCAUUUCCUCCGAUUCAGAGGAAGAGACUUGCGUUACACCUGAAGGCACCGGGUCACAGAGCGCUCUGAAACGGAAACACGUGGGAUCAGAAGAAGCAGAGUCGCGCUCCUCACCCCUGGAAAAGAAGCUGAAAACAUAAUAGCACAUCUUUUUCAGCCUAGACAGAGAUUAACAGACUCCAUGAAGGGUGUGGACUUUUUUGUUUGUUUGUUUGUUUUUAAAUGGGUUUUUACAACUCAGCUUUUUUUUUUUUUUUUUUUUUUUUUUCUUUUUCUUCAUUUUGCAUCUCUCUUGUAGCCGUAUAACACAUUUGGACUCACGCAGCUUAACAGCAGAAGACAUAAAACAACUCAAGUGUUGCUAAUUGGUUGUUUCAGAACAAAUCCACUGAACAGUGUCGUCUGUCUCGAGGUCAAACCACAGAUGACAUUAAACGAUGGGAAAUAAAACAUAAGCUAAAAAUGUGUUGGUAAUUGUAUUUGAAGUGUCGUGCAUUGGCUAGUUAUUUUCACGCAGCAUCACACAGGAUUUGGAUCCUCUUCAACAAAACAAAAAGCCCUUACGGAGGGUUUUAUUUUUCUUUUUGGGGGCCGGUAACUGAUGCUUGUAUUUUUGUUCCACACCAAGGUUAAAUCAGUUUUUGUCAUUUUUAAAUGAUUUUGUGUUCUAGUUGAAAUUGCCUAGAGGUGCCUGAAGAAUUGACUGUUUCCACAGAAAGCCAUCUGAGUUCCAUUUGUUUAAGAUGUGCAGUGAAAUGAUGGCUUUCAUUGUCUUGACAGAUUGGAUUCCCCCCCCCAACUCCCUUGUUAUCGAGCCCCUGGCUACCGUUUGAAGCAGCACUUGCUUUUGUUUUCAUGCAAUUAAAGAAUAAUUUGUUCUCUAUUGACAACACUACAACU